ACAGAUGGAGGAGAGCAGCGGAGUUUCUCCAGGAAAAAAAAACAGGAUUUACGCACGGAGCUGAGGAGGCGCGGGGGAGGAAAAACAUACAAAUCAGAGUGGAAACAAACAAAUCCACCAAAAGUCAGCGGGUCCUCUCAGAGAAAAAACGUUUUAAUUUUCUUUUCACUUUUUAAAUCAGCAGAAAAAAACACCAACAAACUUCUUUGGCUUCACUUUACUCCGUCAAAUCGUUGAAUCCGGUUCUUGAGUGAAUCCUUUCUCGGGCCUGUUUUUUUCCCCUCUAAACCUCGUGUUUCCUUCCGCAGCAACAAGUCAGGCAUGUAUCAGGAGAACCCCGCGCUCCAGACCAGGACCCGGAGCGGACUCAGACCCACUUCAGACAUGCUCCUCCCCGGGUCUCCCUUCCAGCCUUUCCCGCUCUCCUCGGUGCUUCCGCAGAGAAAACACCCGCUGCGACAAAGUGAUUCCCCCGCCGAGAGAGGUGACACCAGCGGCUGCAGAGAGAGAGGGGACCCGAACCGAGCCGAGCCGAACCGACCCGAGUUGGAGAGGAAAAGACGAGAGGCUGGAGGAGAAGCAGCUGCAGCUCGUGCUCCGGUCACACAGGUGCUGUUGAGAGGAAACGGAAACUCUCUCUCUCUCUCUCUCUCUCUCUCUCUCUCUCUCUCUCUCUGUGGUUAUGGGCGUGUCCGUGGAGAAAUCCCGCGUGCAGACUCUCCGCCUCUUUACGCACAGGAGGAAAAUGCAGAAAAGAGAGUAAGGGUGCCGCUGUCCGCCCUCAGGUGUGUUGGUUCUGGUGGUGUGUUUGCAGGUUUUGGUGCUUUUCGAUGUUCUGAUCUUUUUCCUCCUCAACAGGUCCCACAUCCGUUUUUUUCCAGAGUCCCGAGGAGAGGUGACAGAAAGUGUCCGGGUGACCCAGACUGUCCAAUCAGAGGGCUUUAAAUACUCACCAUGAAGAUCUCAGUGCUGGUUUCACGUCUGAUCGGAAUAAAAUCCUCCUCUCACCGAUCCAGCAGCAGUUUAAUCUCUAAUACGGAGUUAAUUUUAAUGAAUUUGUUCCUUUAAUUGUUCAGUUUAAUAACUUUUGAUUUCAUUUAGUGUUUUAAUUUUUAUGAGCUCUGCAGGGAGGGAGCCAAAAGUAUCUCCUUCUUGUUAAAGUGCUUUCAUAACUAUUUACAAAUUUAAACGUUUUAGACCCGAGGGAGAUAAACUUUAUUUCUGUUGUAAGAAAAGUUGUAAAUAUUCUGGUGUUUUGCAGAAAGACUAAUAAAAAACAGACAAUAUUUUUGGAUCCGCAGAUCUGAGGAAAGACACAAAAGGCUUAAAACUCCUGUGAGAAGUUUCUGACUGAUCAUGGUUUGAAAUUUUACUGUGAUCUACAAAAUAAAGACAAGAAAAGAAAAGACAAUAAAAUCUAUGAAAAGAAAAGGAAAAGUAGCUCAUCCGUCUCCAUGGCGACACUCUGCUUCUUGUUUACAUCCUCAUUACCCGCUAACUUGCGAUCAGGUUAAUAAAGCACAGUCACCUGUGUCUCUGCAGCCUCCUGCUGGGUUCUCCUCAGCAGAUCUACAAACUGAUCAAUCAAUAACUUUGAUCAGCUGAUUAGUCUCUCUCUCCUUCUCGCCCUCAUUCUAAUUGGCUGGACCUCACAGGUCAAAGGUCAGCCAGACUGACCUGUAGGAUGUAAACGAAGAGGACUGAUUUCUGACAUGGAGAAACAUCAGUCAGUACGUUUACAUGACAUUAGAGAAAACCGAAUUAUUGCCUUACUCUGAUUAAGACCGGGCAACAGGAGUGCAUGUAAACACAUUAAGGUUGUCACACACCGGGAACAACGCAAAUAUACGACGCAAAAUUAUGAAAUAUUUGGAGGCAAAUUUUGACACGCCUGACCAUACACAUCAAGCGCGAUGCGAUUUCACGACUUUCCGGGGGAAAAAAGACGCGUCACAGGUGGAAGCGAGAAGACUGACACAACACCAGAGUGUGGGGUUGGAAACAGUGCCGCCAAAUAGACCCAUAUCGCCCCCUAGUUUUUGGGGAGGAGGACACAUUCACGUCAAUAAUUCAAUUUUCUCACCUGCAUGUAUACGCGGACAAGGAGAGAAGUGCGAUUCGGCGAAAAAAAAUGAAUUAUGAGCUUAGUCAGAUUACACUGUGCAUGUAAACGCUCUGACUGUCUUAGUUUGACUGUGAAAGGUAAAGGCGUGUCCUUCUCUCCAGCUCCGCCCUCUUGUCUAAAUAUGGUCACUUUCUCUGCAUAUAAAAACACCAUGUUGCUGAAAACAGGAGUCUUUAACAUGUAAGCAAAUGAAAAGUAUGGUGAGGUCGUGGCGGUUCUAGGUCUUCUUAAAACUCUGUUAGAUAUCUCCAAGUCCACCUCUCUGUAUCUGGUGAGUCUGUUUCAGAUUUAUUUACUGAUGUAAUCCCUGAUCUUUCCAAACUUUCUUCAGCCGGGAAUUUCCCGCUGAGUCUCCUCAAAGUUUGAUUCGAAGAGCAGCAUGAAGAGCACCUCUAACAUGAUGCUGACUUCAAAGUGCUGAGCAGGUCGGCCUGAGGCGGCUCUGCAGCAUCAGGUUAAAUAUGAGCUCCUCUACCGCCAUUAAAAACUGCACAUGGUGUAUGUUUGUGAUUAGCAGUCUCGGGGUGUUGUUGCAACUCCUCUUUUACAUCAUCUCUGCUGAGGCUUUUUACCCAGAAGGCCUCACACCUCUUCUUCUUCUUCCUCACUCAAUGCGAUCAAUAUGAAUCCUCCCCUCCCAUCCUCCUCCUCCCGCUCUUCUUCUUCUUCUUCACUCCUACUGUUCUUCUCCUCCUGCAUGCUGAGCCUCUCAGGAGACUCUGUCCUGUAACG